ACCCGGCCCCCUCCGAUCUCCUAAACCCCACCGCUCCCAUCCAAGCCCUCGUCCGCGAUGGCCGCCAUCCACCGCGCCGCCGCGCGCCCGCUCCGCUCCAUCGCCUUCUCCUCCGCCAGGUACCGCCCCCUCCUCCACCUCCUCGCCCGCCCCCUCUCCUCGUCACAGUCGUCCUACGCCUACCACCCUUCCUCCGCCGCCCCCAACCAUGCCCAGCAGCAGUGGGUGCCGCCACGUCACCCUCCUGCCCAGUGGGUGCCGCCACCGCCGCCGAGGAACCACCACCAGCAGGGGCCGCCUUCGCCACCGCCGCCGAGGAACUACCAGCAGCAGGCUCCGCCUCCGCCGCGACACGGAUACGGGCCUCCACCACCGCAGCAGCAGGUGCCUCCGCCCCACGGCUACGGGCCUCCACCCCCGCAGCAGCACGCGACUCCGCCGCCGCCUGAUCCUACGGCAGGGCCGGGGGAGCUGAUGGCGUUGUGCCGGGAGGGGCGGGUGAAGGAGGCGGUGGAGCUGCUCGCUAAGGGGGCGCGCGCCGACCCGCCUGCCUUCUACGAGCUCGCCGCCGCCUGCUCAAACCCUAAGCUGAUCGAGGAGCUGAGGAAGGUGCACGACUUCUUCCUCCGCUCUCCCUUCCGCGGCGACCUCAAGGUCAACAACAAGCUGCUCGAGAUGUACGCCAAGUGCGCCGCUAUGCCCCAUGCCCGCAGGACGUUCGACAAUAUGCCUGAACGGAACAUGGACUCAUGGCACAUCAUGAUCGAUGGAUACUCAGUGAACGGGCUUGGAGACGAGGCAUUGCGGCUGUUUGAGCUGAUGAAGGGGUGCAUGUUGCCGACCAGCCACACUUUUGUGCUCGUGCUCAAUGCUUGUGCCAACUCGGAGGCUAUUGAGGAGGCGUUCCUUUACUUUGAUGCCAUGUCCAGGGACCAUGGCAUUGAGCCUGGUGUGGAGCACUAUGUUGGGAUCAUUGAGGUAUUGGGGAAGUCGGGGCAUCUCAAUGAGGCUGUGGAGUACAUUGAGAAGCUGCCUUUUGAACCCACCGCCAUGGUAUGGGAGUCACUCUUGAACCUGGCACGAAUGAAUGGUGAUAUUGAUCUUGAGGACCGGGUAGAGGAGUUGCUGGUCUCGCUUGAUCCAUCCAAAGAAAAUCCUAAGAAGCUCCCAACCCCACCUCCGAAGAGGCGUCUUGGGAUCAACAUGCUUGAUGGGAGGAACAAGCUGGCAGAAUACCGGUUACCGCCCAAGAUUGAAAAGAAGGUGGUCAAUGAGCAAAGGUAUGUCCCAGAUACAAGGUAUGUGCUCCAUGACAUUGAUCAGGAGGCCAAGGAGCAGGCGUUGCUGUACCAUAGUGAGAGGCUUGCGAUUGCUUAUGGUCUGAUCAGCACCCCAGCAAGGACUCCACUUCGCAUCAUUAAGAACCUCAGGAUUUGCGGGGACUGCCACAAUGCCAUCAAGAUCAUGUCGAGGAUUGUUGGGAGAGAGCUCAUUGUGAGGGACAAUAAGCGGUUCCACCAUUUUAAGGAUGGAAAGUGCUCUUGUGGUGACUACUGGUGAACAUGAAUCCUGUCCUCUGAAUGUAGUCGGACACUGAAGUUAUCUUCUCAUUGGGAUUGAUGUCAUCCUAUAUGAAUAUAUGUUGACAGCCAUGCUUCGAAUGCAUAAGCAGUAUAAAGAUUCUGAACUUUUCAUCCUUAUAUAUUAUGUGUAACAGACGCUUAAGGUCCUUAAGCAGUUGGCACUUAUAUGCAAGCUUAUCACUUCUUGAUGGAA